UGUGAAUUGGCCUGCAUGAGGUCAACCAAGUACACCACCAUUGAUUUUGUCAAGCACACACAAGAGCAUGCACAGCCGACUCAGGUCACUUCACAACGGGGACUGGUACUUUUCACCGUUUUGGUCCUGGCAAGUGUAUCUCAACUCUCUCAAGCAUACAUCGAGUGUCUUCGUCAUCCUUCGAAACGUCGAGUAGUUACACGAUGAAGCCUUCAGAAAAGUACUCGCAACUCCGUCAAAGUGACGACAACAUCUCAACGUUGCUAAGACUAGAAGCCGAAGAGUUAUCCCCCAAUCCGCGUCAUGGCUGGACUCGGAAUUGUCUUUUUAUUCUACUCGGCAUUCUAGGUGCCGUGACCUGCCUGAUCUUGGGAUACGUCGCUCAUCCAAUGGCCCAACCUUCCUCCCCAACGCCGAAAACAUCGACAACAAAAUCAACGUCUGAACUUCACUGCGGCAACUCAUCCUCCGAAGCUCGAGCGCUCGGCUGCGUGUUCGAUCUCCUCACUAACAACUGGAUGCCGCAGUACUGCGCGGACCCAUACACGGACGGCGAGUACCGUGCCUGGGUCACCGACGCCGGUCGUGAGCUCGGGGCCUGGGCCUUCUACCACGACGACAAGGCCGAGCGGCAAGUGGCCUCGGAGGAAGAGCUGUCGGAACUGGUAGGGGAACACGUCUGGACGACGACGGAAAACCAUCUCGCGCACUGCGUGUUCCUCGCGCGGCGUAUGCACCGGCUCGUGACGGGCGAGAUUGCCGCCGUAGCGCAUAACACUUUUGCCCAUACGAUGCAUUGCACUAAAGCUGUUCUCAAAGCCCUUCAGGCCAUGGGGGAGCAUUCCGGGGACGUCGCGCAGAUUGGGUCUACUUUCGACGUGGGUAUCGUGUCGUGCUUAGUCUAGGGAAGCUUGCAAGGUCUGGGGAUAUACGUCAGCUAAAAGACACCUUGGUUGAACUUGCAAAGACAGUAAUAUGUCGUAGACGCGGAAAUCAUAAUCGAGAUACGCAAGUACUUCAGCGACUCGAACAUGGUUUGGAUACUUCAGACAUGUAAACAGCCUAGUACACACAAACGUG